AUGGCACAUUCCGGAUACCACGCCAGAAUCGGAGCAGCUGCUCAAAUCCCAAUCAAUGAUUCAACUCCAAUAAUCUCCUUCAGUCCUGUUGUCCUUCCUGCCCCAGGACGUCUAUUCGACCUGGAGUUGCGUGUUACAUUUCCAGCCAUAGGAAAUGAUACACUCCCAAUCCUCCUUCUCUCGCACGGCCAAGGUGCUAGCAAUUAUCUUUCUUCCCUCGAAGGAUAUGCCCCAUUAGCCGAGUUCUACGCUGCUCAUGGCUUUGCAGUACUCCAACCAACGCACUUGAGGUCUGGAUUUCUGGGUGGUGGUCUUCCAUGGCCACAGGGAGAUGAAAUGUGGUGGAAAGGUGGUGCGGGGGAUAUGGUACAGAUUCUUGAUAGCCUUGAUACUAUUGAAUCAACCGUACCUGGUCUUAAAGGCCGUCUUGAUCACGCGAAAAUUAGUGUCGUUGGUCAUUCAGCCGGUUCACUUACGGUCUACGGGCUCCUUGGAUUUUCCAACACAGACCCCCGUGGUGGUCCUGUUUAUUAUCAACCGGAUAGCCGUGUUAAGGUCGGUGUUAUUCUUGCCGGUGUAGGUGGCUCGGGGGAAAACCUUUCAGAACAUGGGAAAGGUAUGAUACCAUUCUAUGGAGCAGAGUUUAGCAAGAUGUCGACCCCUGCUUUGGUGGUUUAUGGUGAUGACGAUGCUAGUCCGCAUCUUACGACCCGUGGCGCUGAUUGGCAUGCGGAUCCAUAUCAUGAAGCUCCGGGGCCGAAGGAUUUACUUACGCUUUUUGGUGCUAAACAUGGAUUGGGUGGGAUUAGCGGGUGGGAUGCGGGUGAGACCUUGGAUGAAAGUCCGGAGCUUCUGGGCAUCGUGCAGAGAAUGACUUGGGCGUAUUUGCGAAGUCAACUAUUUGAGGGAGAUACUGCUUGGGAGGAUGCUUGUAAGGCUUUGGCAGAGAUUGGAAAAGGGAAGGUUGAGAGAAAGGAGUAA